CGAAAAAGGCAGAACUUCGUGGAAGGUUCUAAAAUCGUCGACAAAUAAAAGAGCCCCCAAUUUUUUUUUAAAGAAAAAUAAAUCAUUAGUAUUACAAUAUCGCAAAGAUUUGAAACCCUUUUCCUCCACCAGUUCGCAGCACGAGUAUUUACUACAUACAAAAAUCCGAAAGGAUUCGCAGUUGCCUUGAAAAUGUCAGUGACGUUGCAUACAAAUCUGGGUGACAUCAAGUGCGAGAUCUUCUGCGACGAGGUUCCGAAAUCCGCCGAGAACUUUUUGGCGUUAUGUGGCAGUGGUUAUUAUGAUGGGACCAUAUUCCAUAGAAAUAUUAAAGGGUUUAUGAUACAAGGUGGAGAUCCAACAGGGACUGGUAAAGGAGGAACUAGCAUUUGGGGAAAGAAGUUCAAUGAUGAGAUAAGGGAGUCCCUCAAGCACAAUGCAAGGGGGAUGCUAUCAAUGGCAAACAGUGGACCCAAUACUAAUGGCAGCCAGUUCUUCAUAACUUUUGCGAAGCAGCCCCAUCUGAAUGGGUUAUACACUGUGUUUGGCAAAGUAAUUCAUGGCUUUGAAGUUCUGGACCUUAUGGAAAAGACUCCUAUAGGACCUGGAGAUCGACCCCUUGCAGAGAUACGGCUCAAUCGAGUUACUAUACAUGCUAACCCUCUUGCUGGUUAAGUCUGGAUUCUUCACCGACCUGUUGGCAUUACAUUUGCCGGUUAAGUCUUGAUUCCUUACCGACCAGUUGAAAUUACUAUACUUUGUAGGGCUAUAUGUUUUGAUAACUAUAGAGGAGUAAUGAGUGAUGAGCGUCACUCAUUUGUCAUAACUAGCGGAACUUGUAUUUGAUACUAGUAAUACAACUUCGAAGCUAAUAUUCUAACAGAUUCUUUGGAAUUUUCACUAUUUUUCCUCCUAUUUCCAGACGGCCAGACCCUCGGUAGUCACUACAAUUGUCGUCACAUACUGAAAACAAAAUGCACUAUUUGUAUCAUGUGUUACCUUUCACAUCUAGUUCCCGAAAAGAACCCCCACUUGGCGAGGAACUAAGAUAGUAUAUUAUGAAUCCCAGGCUCGGUAGCCAACAAUAUGGGAUUGUCUAAACUAAUAUCAAAGUGGUGUACUACUCAUCCUUGUUUUGGUUUUUUAAGUUUAAGGGACAUGAAUUUUCAUGUGAAUCACCAAUAUUAGGAACUUUUCAUGUGAAUCUUCAAUAUAAUGGGAUUUUGACAAUGUAAUACAAUAUGAAAUUUAGUUUCCAACAUAAGGAUUUCUAUGAGAUUUUUUUUGAUUAUGUAUAAAAAGACCUCAUAUUCCCAUAAUAAUGUAUACAGAUUUUUUAAGCCA